UCCAGACUGUUCAAUGCUCUGUGUGAAUGAUUGCCCGGCUCGCUCAUUGUUUAGUGUGUCUGCCCAUGCAGCCCGUUUUGACAAUAAUUUACGGGGCCGCUCUUUACUUAGAGAUGCACUCGCAACAGUGAGCAUGGACCACUCAGUGACAACAUUAGUUGAGAAGAGAGAACCUCACUGGAAUACAACAAUUUUCAAACUUUAAUUGAGCUCCUAAACGGCAUUACAUCACUUGCUCACCGUUGGAUCCACUGCAGUGAAUGGGUGCCGUCAGUACGAGGUUUCUUCAUCAUGGCCAAUCAGCCUCUACCACUGUCUCAGGAGACUUUAGCUCAGUUCAAUCGCUCCAUGUCCACAGAACCAGGUACCUCGGGGCCUCCAAGGCGACGUCUGGGCUCUAUCUCCACUCGCCGAAGCUCCAAAGACCAAUCCAAGGACCAGCCCCACCACAGACCCCUGUUUCUCAGGAGCAUGACGAUUCCUUCAUCCGAGUCAUCGUUCUUGAGCCCCACCGUCAGCAAUUCUCACAUCUCCAUGGGCAAGCGGUUCUCAUUCGCAGGCUGGCACCAGGGAGGAAGAGUGAGCUUCUCUGGACUGUACCUCCAACAACCCAUCCAGGAGGUGUAUGUGGAGAACACCUACAGAACGGGACCAGAACCAGGGUGCCAUUUCAGUGCCAGCAGGACCCAGCAGAUCUUACAGGCCACUUUGGAUAGUUAUUUGAAAGGUGUGUGUUACAGUCCUGAUAGUUGUAGUCAGCUGUGUCAGAUGUUAGCAGAUCUAGUUCUCAGUAAACUAAAAGAUGUCAAUCCGCCACGAUAUAAAGUGGUGUGCCAGGUGGUUGUCGGGCAGAGUGGUAAACAAGGUAUAAGGGUGGCCAGCCGUAGCCUGAUGAACCCCAACACUGACAACUACACAUCUGCUGUUUUCCAGAAUCACUCACUGUUUGCUGUGGCUUUGGUACAUGGCUUGUACUUUGAAUAAAGGCUAAAUCAACAGCCCUUAAUAAGAGUGCACAAAAUGCAUGCUUGAAAAAGUAAAUAACAUUCUUUUUAAAGAUUCAAACUAAGGGUGCAUUUAGUUGAUUAAAGAUGUAGUAAAAAUGGUAAUAUAAUAAAAAAUCUUUACAAUUUUAAAGAAAGGAUUUUUUAAUAGUUGAAUAGGGGCAGAACAUUUUUUUUGGCUUGUCUCUGAAUUAAGACUUUUAUACCAUAAUUUAAAAAAGUUAAACAUUUUAAAAAGUAAAUUAAUACAGUGAUGUCAAACCAGUAUCACAAUUUAUAUACAAAUUGUAAUCUUUCAACAAAAAAAAAAAAGGUUAAAUCUUUACACACUGUAUAAUAGGGCUGUAUUCUUUGUUGUUUGUUUUUGAAAGUCUUAUGCUCACUGAAUUUGUCAUUAAAUAUUUUACGUAGCUUGCAUAUUUAAAAUCAUUCUUAACAGUUCUAAACUUUUAAAACAAGAAAUUAAGUUACAAUUAGAAAUUAAACUUAU